AUGUUAUGGAAGAAUCAAAUAGUUCGAUUAUUUCUCGGGCUCAUCAGUUCCCUUUUCUUGAUAUCGAUUUUGAAGGCAUUUCUGCCGACUAUUGCAUCGGAAGAUUUCUUUUUCCCGGCGUCCUACAAUGGAAAUUUGGAAGGUUUGCAAGAGAAACGUGUACGAGAAGCUCGGGAGCUCUUUCAAUUAUAUCGUGAAAAUGAAAAACGAUUUUUUGACUUUUCGAUCACCAUCAUCACCACUGAUAGACCUCAAAAUUAUUUGAUUCAGAGCAUCGGUUAUCUUUUCGGUGAGUAUGGGAACAAAGCCAGGCCAUAUAUUGAAAUCUGCAAUGUUGAUCAGCGAUACAACGAGUUUCUCAAAGAGAUUCAAGAUCAUAUCAACAUUUUCAAUGUAUCAGAGAAAAUUCAAUACGACACCGAAAGCUUGGAUCAACGAUUGGAAAAAGAGGCACGAGAUUAUUGGAAAUGUUUGCAAAAUAGUGAUCGACAUUCACCAUUCAUUCUUUUGCUUGAAGAUGACGCUGUGGCGACUCUAGAAUUUGCAAAACUUAUCCAAUCAGUGAUCUCACAUCUAAAAUCUCAUGACUCAAUCGAUUAUGUCAAACUUUAUUAUCCACCCAGAAAAUGCGGCAAUCCGGCAGUGUUUCUGAUUUUCAUUAUCUCCCUUUCUUUUUCAUGGUGUCUCCUCUAUCUUUCAUCUUUCAUUCAAUGGUCACCUAAUGGUCCAAAGGAUUUGGAUCAUCGGUGGAGCGCAGGCGGUGUCUACUUGUCGUACCCGAAAUCUUGCUGUACGCAAGCGGUUUUGUUUAGGACUUGUCGAAUCGCCGAAAUCGUCUCGGAGUUGAGCAAAAUUCCUGGAAAUAUUCAGCUACCAAAGGACAAAAUCCUUGACUCUUCAAAGUUCGUCGGCCGAUCCACCGACACAAAUCUUUUCAUUCACAUCGGCUCGUACAGCAGUGUACUACGUAAAAACGUCCAUCUCGACGAUUUGGUGCGUGGAUUUGAGCUCUCG